UGGUCGCAGGACUCCGUCCCCUCCAUCGGUCUGCAACUCGAGCUCGACUCAUGGCUUCCAAGUGCUGCACGAGCGGCUGGUCUGAUCCAGCCAUGGGCUUCUGCCCCGAGCAACGGCGGCUGGCAAAUUUGUUCCUCGGGUGCAUCUUGCUGAUGUUGCUGUCACAUGAAGCAGCAGAUGCAGCAGCAGCAGCAGCAGGAGGCCGUGUGGGUAUCACUGGCAGUAGUAAUAAUAAGCUCCACAGGCGCAUUGAUGUGCAGGUGCAAACCUCUGAUAACAAACACAUGAGCUCUUUUCUACAUCACCUUGAAGCUGCAGAAAAAACAAGGAUCCACUCUCAUGAUCACAGCCUCCAACCAUCAAAGGUUUCAAAGCGCACUAGUGCAGACAUGUCCACUCUUUCAAGAGCUUCCGACUCGGAGCAGCUGCAUACGGCAACCGGAGCGAUGGACUUGCUCAAGAUGCAGUCAAAAGACCAGCUGCAGCAGUCACGGCGCAUGAAGACGGAAGAAGGGCACUCUACAUCCGAUGCUGAAACUUUGGCUCACACAAUGGACCUACAGAGCCAACGAAGCCGAGCUGAACUAACUCAUACAAAGCGAGUGGACUUAGAGCUCACAGCAUCGGACUUCUCAACCAAAGUGCAGAUGCAUUCACAGGCUGCGGACCAAGGGACGUGCGUGUAUACGAUAACGACUGAAACGGGGAAGAAGUGGGGAGCAGGGACGGAUGCAACCAUCAGCCUCCGGCUCAUGAACAAGAAGAACGACGAGGUGUACUUCGACAAUUUGGACAAUGGCAAGAACAACUUCGAGAAAGGGCACAUGGAUGUGUUCGAGGAAUUCGGGCCGUGUGUGGAGAACAUCUGCAAGAUGCUGCUGUCGACUGACAACGGUGGCUUCUUCGCCGACUGGUACGUCGAGACUGUCGGCUUCUCCGUCACCACUCCUCUCGGCGGUCGCCAGGAGAAGCUGUGGGAGCUCCACCAGUGGCUGCCCAAGGACGACGCCACUGCCUCUCUCUUCGUCAUGAAAGAUGAUUGCGCCUCCAGCGCUCAGCCACCGACGCCAUGAGUGCUUGCAUUGCCCUGCAUGCAAUUGGUUGGGAACGAAUGUUGGAGGAGAUUUCGCUUAAGCUUGCUAGAGUUUGUCCUGAUAGUCUGCCCUGUUUAUUAUCGGGGCUCAGUCCUGGAAUCCCUGGAUAUGGACUUGGAGCUUUCGAGUACAGCUUACCUUUGUUCGGACUGUACGGUGUGGUUUUUUGGAGGUGAAUUCGAUCCAGCAUUAGAGAAGCAGUGAGUGAUCAUAUUGUAUUGAUACUUCGAUUGAGAGUUACAGACAGAUUUCACGUGGCGUUGAACUGAACAAGUUGGCAUGGCAUGGCACCCACGACAUGGUCCCUGACCUGUCAUCUGUAUGGAUCUAUAGUUGCUCGGAAUUUUAUGAACGAUCGUUGCAACAUAUUAUCCCAACCUAUAUACAAAUUGCGAGUCUCGUCUUUAAGCUUUAAGCCUGAAAUAUUUAGCUCUCUUUGUCGUUGUCGUUUUAACGACUUAUGGUUCAAAUUAUGGCACGGAUGUUGCUCGCACUGAGCUCUGGCUGUCGUAGGGACGAACCUGACCGCUUGACCCUGGAAAUUUUAUAUUCACGAGCUCGAGACUAGAAUGUGGAUGACAAUGUUCCUCAGAUCGCCAAAAAUGAUUCCGCUGAAUAAAUUGAAGUUUUCAACAUCACAAACAUUUUCAAAGUCUACUAAAAGAUUCAUUAAAUAAAUCAAGUCGAGGCUUCGGGCAUGUCGUUCAAUAUUCUCUGCC